AUGCCUAACAGAGGUCCAACCCUGAUCAACCUCCCGCCGCCUCCUUCAGAUCCUGCCACGCCCAGCGAAAUGGGCCCUGGCACCCCCAAUUCCACCACCACCUCUCUCUCAACAUUGUCCGUCGUCGCUAUCAAAGACGGCGCGAUCGGCCAUGGCGGUAGAGGAGCAGCUGCGUCUGCAAACACUCUUGAGGCCGAACGAGCCGACCGCAUCUCCCGCCUUGCCGGCCUAGAGAGAGUUGCGACUUCUCGACCCACCCCUCUGGGACACCUUGCCCCAGGCUCCGGUGCCCUGUACGGUCAAGCCUUCGAUAACGCUCCUCAAUUUAAGGAGCGAAGUACUGUUGGGAGUGCCAGCGCAACAGGUAGCGUCGGCGGCCGAACCACUUGGGCGAGUGGCAGUGUCGACUACGACGCGGACAAGAUGAGCGAGGAUCCAGAUGACGGAGUCUCGAGCACAGGUGGAUUCAGCGACGAGGACAAGGCGAGUCUCGUGGGAUUUGGUGAAGGAGCCGGUAGUACAGUCAGUGGCCCUGUUUCCACGCCUUACAAUACUCGCGCUUCUAUUUCUCGACAAAGCACUAAUGUCAACGCACCCUCGACCCCACGAACUGGAACUUUACCGAUGUUUGGCUCUGGCCAGAGCACACCCAUGAGCGGGAUUACCCCUAGUGCUGCUGCAGGAAGCACCGAUCCAAAGAUGAUGGACGGGAUGAGUUACGACCAGAAUUUCAUUGACACGACAAUGCAGCCAGCCCCCCCGAUCGACGACACCUCCACACGUCCUCAGACAAAUCGAUUUUCGGGGAUGGGAACUGAAAUGGCAGAGGAAGUCAUGCGAGAUCGACUCAGGGAUCUGGAGCAGGCGCAACAAUCGAUGCAGCCAGGGAACGGGCAGACAUUAGGCAGAUUCCCCUUCGAGAAGGAAUAG